AUGGGUAACUACCAAUCAACCAAAUCAAAGUCGCAAGAGAACCAUCAUUUGGGUUUAAGCGGCUCAGCGGAUUUGCAAAUGUUUGAACUACCAGAUCAAUCAUUUAUGAAGCAGACCUCAAACUACUCGAUUUUUGCAAACAACCAAGCCAUGAGUUCAAAUCUCUCCAUAACCCAACCAGACUAUAUGCAUAACAACCACCCAUUUAAUUCGUCCGAGACGAAUAAUUUCCAUCACCAAAAUGACUUAAACAAUAAUGCGGACUUUUUACCGAAUAUUUAUGGAAUCAAUGAAUUUGAGUUCAAUAACGCUUCAUUUGAGUCUUUACCUGCUAUUUCUGAUAAGACGUCGCAAUCGCAUUCCCAGUUUGACUUGGUGGACAACUCCGAUUGGUACCCGUAUCCUUACACGCCAACUUUCCACGAUAAUCACCUGUCGAAUUUUUCAGAAGGUAGUUUCACCUCUGAAUAUGUUGAUGGUCAGUUUCUCCAAAAUCUGCAACAGAAUCAACAACAACUUACACUUUCCCAAACUGUGCAGCAAGUGCCGCAGCAAAUGGCGCAGACUGCGCAAAUCUCACAGCAUCUGCAACAAUUUUCGCAGACAGUACCGCAACAACAGUCGCUUUCAAGCUCACUCCAGCAGACUCCGGUUAACCCCAAUUCAAUUGCAAAGAGGAAUUUGACUAUGCAGUUACAGGCUCAUUCUAACAACUCUCCGCAUUCUACUAUUCUGCCCUAUCAGCAUUUGAGCGGCAGAAGUACCCCUAUUGCUAUCAGUACCAACUUUAAUGAGUCUCCGACUCCGAGCUCGAACUUGCACCACGCAAUUACCUUUGGUGCAGGGAGCAGUGCAAACUCAUCAUCAGGUCACCAGCAACCACCAUCUUUGAUUUUCCAUUCACCCUCAACUGCAACUUCUACAUCGCCUAUUGUGAGCCUGCAGCAAUAUAAGACGUUGGAUAUGAACUCACCUAUCUUACCACCACAACAUGCAUUCCGUCAUAACUCCGAUUCGUCAUUUAACUCCACAAAUUCUUCGAUUGAAAGUCCAAGAAGAUACCCAUCGCAGCUGCAGCUGCCACCAACAUCUCAUAAACUCUCACUUCAUCACAACAAUAGUAAUUUAGAAUUGACUCCUCCGGUGUUCACUCCUCUGAAGUCAAUUUCCAAAAAGCUCUCCAUGACCUCACUUUCCUCGUCUGACGUUUCGAAACCGAAAAAGUACACCCGCCAAAGACUUUUGCCAAGGUCUAAAGACGGAUGCUGGAUUUGUAGAAUUAAGCACUUAAAGUGUGAUGAGUGCAAACCAGUUUGUAAAAGCUGUCAAAGAUUUGGAAUUGAAUGUGACUACUCUGAGGAAAAGCCACUUUACGUGACUGACAAGAAUAUGCGUAAGGAAAAGCUUGCAAGCAUUGCCCAGGUCAGAAGAAGUUCUACUACUAUCCUGAAGAAGAGAUCCAAGGCGAAACUAUUAAGUUAG